AUUUAUCACACCACAAAUCCUACACCCAUUUCUAUAUUUCACCAUUCAAAAAUGAAAAAUCUGGUCACAGUUUCCAAUACUGUAACAGAGUCGGAUUAUGGAAAGAUAACGCUUUCCGAUGUGAUGGUUACAAGGAAGCGAAACCUCUUCUGGGGACGUAAAUGGAGGACCGUUGACAUUCAAAUUGGUCUUUGGAUUUUAUCCCUUCACUUACUUGCACUUUUUGCACCAUUUACGUUUACUUGGGGUGCUUUCUGUUUGGCAUUUUCCAUUUGGGUGUUGUGUGGGGUUUUUGGUGUAACCCUUUGUUAUCAUCGUCAUCUAGCACACCGCAGUUUCAAUCUACCUAAGUGGCUUGAGUACAUGUUUGCUUAUCUUGGAGUCCUAUCUGGCCAGAGGGAUCCCAUAUUUUGGGUGAGCAUUCAUAGAUAUCACCAUCAAUUUGUCGAAACCGAGAAAGAUCCACACUCUCCCACGUUUGGAUUUUGGUUUAGUCAUAUGGGAUGGCUCUUUGAUAGUGGCUACAUUUUUGAGAAGUAUAAAGAACGUAAUAACGUGGAGGAUUUAAAGAGUCAAGUAUUCUAUAGGUUCAUUCGAAGAACUUAUGUAUUGCAUACAGCUAUAUAUGGGGUCCUCAUUUAUGCUUUUGGUGGAUUUACCUACCUUGUUUGGGGUCUGGGUGUUGCAGCGACGUGGGGUUACCAUGUGACAUUUCUAGUGAACUCAGCUUGUCACACAUGGGGAAAUCAAACUUGGGACACCGGUGAUUUGUCUAAGAAUAAUUGGUGGGUGGCGAUGGUUACCUUCGGAGAAGGAUGGCAUAACAAUCAUCAUGCGUUUGAAUUCUCAGCUCGGCAUGGUUUAGAAUGGUGGCAAAUUGACUUUUGUUGGUAUAUGAUAAGGUUUCUUGAAGCACUAGGAUUAGCCACCAAUGUUAAGUUACCAACAGAAGCUCACAAACUUAAGAAAUCGUUCAAAUCUGAUAACAAGUUCAAGUGAUUCACUCAUCCCAUGUCAAGCUCACAAACUUAAGAAAUCGUUCAAAUCUCAUAACAAGUUCAAGUGAUUUACUUAUCCCAUGUUGUUUUUGGAAUCACUUCUAAUGCUCCCACAUGUCAAUGUGUAUGUUACUAGCAUACUCUUACUAAAUACCGAUCACCACAUGAAUAAUACUAUAUGUAAGGAGAUAUGAUCUUUUGUGUUUUUAAAUAUACGUUCAUUGUUGAAAA